AUGUCAUCGAGUAAGGACAAUAACACUGCAGCGGAGGCACCAUCGACAUCAGUGAUUAUUCAUGGGAUCAAACUUGAAGAUGACGACUUGUCAAAUGUCCAGAAGCAAAUUGGUCAUCAAUAUGUGGGAAUUCUCAGUGUAAGAGCCAUGUACAACACGCAGAAACAGAUAAUGAAUACUCUACUCGCCGAGUUUAAAUCAUGUGCUGUUGUGAAAGAAAUCUUGAAUAAUGGCUUCAUCAGCAUUGCUGGACAUAAAUAUCGUGUCGAAAAUCCUAAUUCAUCCGAGAAGAAGGCUCAGCCGCAGAAAAGAGCAUCUCGUCCAGUGAUGACUUGUUUCAAAUGUCAGCAGCCCGGUCACAAAGUGUCCCAGUGUCCAGAACUGAGAAAGCAGCAGUACGAAUAUGACGAAGAACAGUAUUAUAACCGAUCGAGAAACAGUUCGCAUACAACAGAUCACGCUGAACAAAAGUUCGAAGUCGUCUCAAUUGUCGACAAAGUCUGGCCACCAUUGAGCACAGUUCAAGCAUCACGUACCUCAGUUACUCAGCCACUGGUAGUCCAUACCUCUACUACAACAGCACCUGUCUCGAAAGCCGGAACGUCAACGGCCAAAUCAGUGACACUGCCAGCAGACUUGUUAAAAGCAACCGAAACGCGAGAAGUGAACAUGUUGAACAGUUUUGAAUCCAAACUGUUGCAGAUGGAAGUAAAACUGAGAGAGCAAGAUCAGCGGAUUCAAGAGCUGCAGCUAGCAGUGAGUACAACGAUCAUACCGGCCUUUGACGAGCUGAAAACGAUCAUUAACAAGUACAAUGCUAACUAUGUACAGAUGAAACAGGAACUGUCCGAUGUCAUUAGUCGAGCUACGACUGCUGGAAAUUUGAAAACGUUGAAUAAUUUUGUUAAUCUAGUCAAAUAA